GAAUCGUGGUUAUUUUACACAUCAAGUAGAUUUAUUUAUUUUAAUAACUUGUAGUGUUAACGGAUAUUUAUAAUGUGACUAUAUUUCCUGUUUUGUGUAUACCCUUUUUUAAAUAAUUAAAUUGGUCUCGGGAAGAUUACAUGGCGUAUAAUGAAAAUUUCAGCUCUAGCAUGCAGGAUGACCAAUCGAAGACGUCUCUGCAAAUGCAGAUAGAGCGCCUUCAAGUUUUGCGGGCGAAACUUAACACUGUAGCAGAAGAGGAUUACGUCAUCGUCAAAGAAGAAGUACAACGUAGCGGCUAUGAGUCAGAGAGUAGCGAGUAUUCAGAGGACUCGGCGGCGGCCUACGAGGAUGUCACGACUACAACCAAAAGCUCUGGGUCGAGGAAGAAUAUCAACAGGGGGAGAUGGACGAAGGAGGAGGAUAAAAGGCUCAAGAUGUACGUGAAGAUGUAUAACGAGAACUGGGAGCUGAUCGCGUCUCAGUUCUCAGACAGAUCCGACGUUCAGUGCCAGCAGCGCUGGACGAAGGUCGUCAACCCCGAGCUAGUCAAGGGACCUUGGACCAAGGAGGAAGAUGAAAAGGUCGUAGAGUUAGUCCAAAAAUAUGGUCCCAAGAAGUGGACAGUCAUUGCGCGACACCUCAAGGGCAGAAUAGGGAAACAAUGCAGAGAGCGAUGGCACAACCACUUAAACCCUUCUAUAAAGAAGACCGCGUGGACGGAGCACGAAGAUCGCGUCAUAUACCAGGCGCAUAAGCAGCUAGGGAACCAAUGGGCUAAGAUUGCCAAACUACUGCCGGGCAGAACGGACAAUGCAAUAAAGAACCACUGGAACUCGACGAUGCGCAGGAAGUUCGAGCCGGAGCUGCUGGACAGCUUCGAGAGCCUGCGCCGGCGGGGCCGGGUAAAGCGCGAUCCUAACCCAUACACUGACCAAAGUGAUACACUGCAGAGGGUGCAAGUCGCAUAUAACGAUGACUGGGACUCAUUCAACGACUCGAGCCAAAGCGGCUCAAGCCAGCCGGCCUCCAAGCAGGUGAUGCGGUUCCGACAGCUGCUGAAGGAUCAGCUCAGCAACAUCCAGCAGCAGACACUGGUGCGCGUCAAGUCGCCCGACCGCGGCAACCUGGUCGCGGCCGACGUCGAGAUCUGUGACUCGCCGUUCAAAUUCAUCAACCUGGAAACGUUGCCCACGGAUUCUCCUCUCAAAAACUACCUUUCCAACGCAUCCGGUACUUCUAACAAAGAUAACGUCAUAACGUACGCCGUGCAGCCCGACUCGACGCGAGAGAUCGUGGUGCCGUCGUCCGUGUACAUGAGCCCCAAGCAGCCCUCCGUCACCAGCAGCCCGCCGCCCAUCCUCCGCCGCAAGGGCAAGAAGCCCAACACGAUCACGCCUAACCAUAACGUGAGUUCAUGUAUUGUAUCGUCCGUGUACAUGAGCCCCAAGCAGCCCUCCGUCACCAGCAGCCCGCCGCCCAUCCUCCGCCGCAAGGGCAAGAAGCCCAACACGAUCACGCCUAACCAUAACGUGAGUUCAUGUAUUGUAUCGUCCGUGUACAUGAGCCCCAAGCAGCCCUCCGUCACCAGCAGCCCGCCGCCCAUCCUCCGCCGCAAGGGCAAGAAGCCCAACACGAUCACGCCUAACCAUAACGUGAGUUCAUGUAUUGUAUCGUCCGUGUACAUGAGCCCCAAGCAGCCCUCCGUCACCAGCAGCCCGCCGCCCAUCCUCCGCCGCAAGGGCAAGAAGCCCAACACGAUCACGCCUAACCAUAACGUGAGUUCAUGUAUUGUAUCGUCCGUGUACAUGAGCCCCAAGCAGCCCUCCGUCACCAGCAGCCCGCCGCCCAUCCUCCGCCGCAAGGGCAAGAAGCCCAACACGAUCACGCCUAACCAUAACGUGAGUUCAUGUAUUGUAUCGUCCGUGUACAUGAGCCCCAAGCAGCCCUCCGUCACCAGCAGCCCGCCGCCCAUCCUCCGCCGCAAGGGCAAGAAGCCCAACACGAUCACGCCUAACCAUAACGUGAGUUCAUGUAUUGUAUCGUCCGUGUACAUGAGCCCCAAGCAGCCCUCCGUCACCAGCAGCCCGCCGCCCAUCCUCCGCCGCAAGGGCAAGAAGCCCAACACGAUCACGCCUAACCAUAACGUGAGUUCAUGUAUUGUAUCGUCCGUGUACAUGAGCCCCAAGCAGCCCUCCGUCACCAGCAGCCCGCCGCCCAUCCUCCGCCGCAAGGGCAAGAAGCCCAACACGAUCACGCCUAACCAUAACGUGAGUUCAUGUAUUGUAUCGUCCGUGUACAUGAGCCCCAAGCAGCCCUCCGUCACCAGCAGCCCGCCGCCCAUCCUCCGCCGCAAGGGCAAGAAGCCCAACACGAUCACGCCUAACCAUAACGUGAGUUCAUGUAUUGUAUCGUCCGUGUACAUGAGCCCCAAGCAGCCCUCCGUCACCAGCAGCCCGCCGCCCAUCCUCCGCCGCAAGGGCAAGAAGCCCAACACGAUCACGCCUAACCAUAACGUGAGUUCAUGUAUUGUAUCGUCCGUGUACAUGAGCCCCAAGCAGCCCUCCGUCACCAGCAGCCCGCCGCCCAUCCUCCGCCGCAAGGGCAAGAAGCCCAACACGAUCACGCCUAACCAUAACGUGAGUUCAUGUAUUGUAUCGUCCGUGUACAUGAGCCCCAAGCAGCCCUCCGUCACCAGCAGCCCGCCGCCCAUCCUCCGCCGCAAGGGCAAGAAGCCCAACACGAUCACGCCUAACCAUAACGUGAGUUCAUGUAUUGUAUCGUCCGUGUACAUGAGCCCCAAGCAGCCCUCCGUCACCAGCAGCCCGCCGCCCAUCCUCCGCCGCAAGGGCAAGAAGCCCAACACGAUCACGCCUAACCAUAACGUGAGUUCAUGUAUUGUAUCGUCCGUGUACAUGAGCCCCAAGCAGCCCUCCGUCACCAGCAGCCCGCCGCCCAUCCUCCGCCGCAAGGGCAAGAAGCCCAACACGAUCACGCCUAACCAUAACGUGAGUUCAUGUAUUGUAUCGUCCGUGUACAUGAGCCCCAAGCAGCCCUCCGUCACCAGCAGCCCGCCGCCCAUCCUCCGCCGCAAGGGCAAGAAGCCCAACACGAUCACGCCUAACCAUAACGUGAGUUCAUGUAUUGUAUCGUCCGUGUACAUGAGCCCCAAGCAGCCCUCCGUCACCAGCAGCCCGCCGCCCAUCCUCCGCCGCAAGGGCAAGAAGCCCAACACGAUCACGCCUAACCAUAACGUGAGUUCAUGUAUUGUAUCGUCCGUGUACAUGAGCCCCAAGCAGCCCUCCGUCACCAGCAGCCCGCCGCCCAUCCUCCGCCGCAAGGGCAAGAAGCCCAACACGAUCACGCCUAACCAUAACGCGUGGUCCGAGACCAUAAACAAAGCGAUGGAGACGACCGGCGCGACGCCCAUCAAGGCGCUGCCGUUCAGUCCGUCUCAGUUCCUGAACUCGCCCGCCGCGCUCUCGUUCCCUCCGUUCGAGGCCACGCCUUCCUCGCUCUCGCAGCAACUGCAUACUAAGGAUUGGGGUCCGCUGGCGAGUCCCUUGCUGCACACGCCCACGCCCGCGCUGGGCUGCAGCCCCCACCUCACGCCCGUCAACAGCCACAGCAAGCACAAGAGUAACACGCCCAAAACUCCAACCCCUUUCAAAAUUGCAAUGGCGGAGAUUGGCAAGAAAUCUGGAAUUAACUAUGAGCCGUCGAGUCCGGGUCUUCUCGUGAAGGACAUCACUGAGAUCAUCGAACGGGAGGAGUCCGACAGCACGGUGCAGCUCAACGACUCCAUGCUGUCGUCCACGGCUGAUCAAGACGGGACGGCUGUUCAGGCUCACGACUCUGGCAUAGGCAGCCUGAAGCGGCGCGCAUCCGAGCAGGGCAAGGAGAACCAGCCGGGGGCGGCGACCGCCAGCGCGGGUGUAGCGCCGCACAAGAAGGCGCGCAAGGCGCUGGCGCACGCCUGGGGCGCCGCCACCUCCACGCCCAGCGCCGCGCGCGUGCCCGACGUCGCCUUCAUCGUCGAGACGCCGAGCAAAACCCUAGCCGGUGACAGUUCAGUGAUGUUCUCGCCACCCUCCAUCGUCAAGAACUCGCUCGCCGAAGAAUCCACCAGCCUGCACAGCCUGAUGAGCGCCGAAAACACCCCCGAAACCCUCAAAUACGAGGAGCUUGAAAUAGAAACGGUCGAAAAAACAAAGGUGCGCCGCAUGUCCGGCGAGCCGGUCGUGGUGAAGAAGUCCGCCGUGCGCUCCAUCAAGUUCGAGAAGGAGCCGGAGGUCAAGGAGGAGCCCGUCGAGUUCAUACUGAACGACGGGUGGAAGACAUUCGCUUGCGGCAAAACGCUUGACCAACUAGAACUAACUAAGCUAGCCCACCAGUACCUCAAGAAAACUGCCCUCAAGCCACGAUCCCUCAACUUUUGAUAACACUAUAUAAAACAGAAUCGUCACAAAUAUUUUUUUUACAUCGUGUUUUUUGCAUGUUAAUAUCGUUUUAUACACGGUGCAUGGAAUGUAUGUGCAUGUUAAGAAUCAUUUAUUAUUCUUCUACGUAGUAAAAGUUCUAGCACUAUCCACCAUGGUAAUUAUGUAUCACAAGUGAUACAAUAUUAAUUGAACAGUGCAGUGAAGUUAUCAAUAAUUUUGUAUGAUUCUGCACUUAUUAUGUCAAAGGUUUAAAUCAAAGUUAUCGAUACCAUUUUGUAGUUAUGUAUUUGGGAUUAAUAUUCAAGAAUUCUUCCAUUAUCCACAAAACUUAUAUUCAGGCUUACCAUCUUUAAUAGCUCGUAUCAUGUGAGUACAUUUGAUUAUAGUUAUUUUCUAGUAUUUAUAUAAUUUUAAGGUUCCUUUUUUUUAAUAUUUGUGUGUGAACACGUCAUUACGCUUUUAGAUUAUCGUGUUAGUUAAGUAUUCUAUUACAUACCUACUAUUAUGAUAACAAUGUCUUGAUUUCACUUGGAUUUAUAUUGGAAUUCUUUACAAUCAUUUAGAAAUUUAAUGUUUGCGUGUUUGUGAACGAGUGUUCAUGCGAUAUAUUGUUUUACUAUAUAUCAAUCUUGUAUCUUUUCCUUAUAUACGAGUAUUUAGGUGUUAUUAACACCAAAGUACAGUCACGUCUGAAAAUAUCGGUACGAAAAAUGUGCCAAAAAUAUGUAUACUCUACCUUAAUAUAUGGGCAAUAAAGUCGUGUAUACACAUUUUUGGCACUUUUUUCAUAUCGAUAUUUUCAGACGUGACCGUACCUACACGUGUUUGGAUUCCAUGCUUUAAUUUACUCUGGUACGAUUUUAAAGUCUGUUAGUACACCGUGUUUUUUUUAAAUUCCGUUAACGGGGUAUGGGUGAGUACGUUUAAGGAAGCUAAAUUGCAUAGUUAGUUAUUAAAAAUAUAGUUAUAAAUAUAUAUAUAUUGUAAAAAGUAUUUUAAUGUUGCAUAUAGAGCUGUUGUAACAUGAGUGUAACAUUUAACUGAACCAAACAAUUGAAAAUUGUGACAUAUCUAUGUCAUUUUGAACAUCGAUCGUCUGAGAUAGUACUUACGUUUAGUAGCAAAUGUAUAAUCAAUAUGCAAACAGGCCCACGCUGGUACCAGAUAAAAACACUGAUUUACUUGGAAAUAGACUUAAUUAGAAUACCGGUGUCUUUGAGAAAGUAACUUAAUUUAAGCUCAGGAAUGCACCCUUGAAAUUAACGGAAAUAAGAAAAAACACGGUAUAUAAGUAGGUUAAAAUUUUGGUCUAAGUUUUUUGUGGUGUCAUCUUUAAUUUAAGUAAUCUUGUGUAUCUAAUUUAAGCUAAAUGUACCGUGAUUUAAGUGAAGCAAUAUUUAUGGUCGAUUUUAUUACGUUAAUUAUAAAAAAGUAACUUUAUUUUAUGUUUUUCUUUGUAAUGUCUAUUAUUUUAGUUUUGAUUUUGUUUAGUAGCAGAAUAUAGGUAUAAUUCUUCAAAGAACAUAAUGUUAUUUUGCUUUAUUUGGGGUUUAAAAUUUACAGCGAAGAAAAGCUAUUUUAUUUUUUAUUCAUUGACCACUGGAGAUAUUAUUCCUUUUCAAAAAAAAAAAAAUGAUCUACUUACAUAAUUAAGUAAGUAAAGUAAUAAGCAUUGUACGAAACAUGGAUAGGUUACAACAGAUAUAUAAUUUGAUGUUAAUAAGUUAUUUAUAAACUCUUCGUACGUGUAAAAUCUUGGGUAUUUAACGAUUUUAGUAAUUACAUGUGUUUGUAAUUCAUUAUCUUAAAAUACAGUUACACCAUAUUGUUUUCAAAAUGUGUAAACAUGAAAUCAUACAAUGAAAUGCUAUGUACCACCCACACUGUUAAUUGUACAUCGGUGGACCUUAUUACAAAAGGCAUAAGGUCCACAGAUGCACAGUUAGGAGCUUAAGAGUGUUGCUGUUUGUACAAUAUUCGCAGUAUAUAAUUUUCCUUGUGAUACAAUUCAAUAUGCACAUUCAAACAUUGCAUUAGUUGUACAGUCACGUCUCGAAAUAUCGAUACGAACGAAGUGUGAAAAAUAUGUAUACACGAACUUAUUGCCCAUAUAUUAAGGUAGUGUAUACGUAUUUUUGGCACUUUGUCUGUAUCGAUAUUUUCAUAGUAUCUACAGAGUUAUUAAAAAAGUGCUGAUGUAAAAAUAUCGUCAUGAGAAAAUUCUUACCAAAGAGCAACAGCACUAUGUAUGGUUUUUUCUCUAAUCUGUUAGAAUUCGUGAGGUUUUUUUUUAUGUGUCACAUUAACUCUGUCGUUAUAGUGCGCAAUAUCUGAGAGUUUUACAUAUCCCAUUACGCAACACCAUUCCAUAUUAGUGCAACAGUGAUAGACAGAGAUGACUACGCUACUCUACGGAGCGUUAACGAUUGGCACGUUGCCUAAUCACCCAGGCCAAGUUAAUGCAUUUACUUUUUUUUUAUAAUUAUUCUAUGCAGCCAGCUUUACCUCAUUAAUAUCAACAUGUACAUAAUUGUCUCUAAAAUCGUUUUACCUUUAAGAUAUAAAGCCCGACCAGGAAUAUAUGAUCAUUGUCAAGAGGGCGCUGUUAUUCUCAUGUAUAGGAUGACAGUUCAGUUUAGUAUGAGAAAAUUAGUUCCAGUGAAAUUCCGCAACAUGGCGCGUGAUCAUAUAUUACUGGUCGGGGUUACCUAACCUACCAGCGUAUUCUGAGCACCGCGAGCAUAGUAAGAAACUGUUCUACAAGUAACAUUUCAAUAUAUAUUAAAGCUACGCUUAGGUGGCCAGAAUUUCUGGUAAAGGCUAAGGGAGGAGUGGCUUUUUAAAACUGACUAUUAUUUUUUGGCUAUCUGCGAACGAAAAACUUAAUUCUAAACGUUUUUAAUACAGUUCAUGUUUUUAAGAAACAGCAGUUUUCAAAAUUCAUUCCUCAUAUGGUUCACUAAUGUGCCGCGUGCCGGUUUUUUAUUUGGAUGACUUUAUUUUAUAAUUUAAUUAUGUUUUAUUCUUUGACACUCCACGUGUGAAGGUUUCUAUUGUACAUAAUAUAGUUUAGAAAGGUUUGUAAGAAAUAAAGGGUUCAAGAAAAGAAAA